AUGAAGAAGAAGAACCAGAGCAGUGCAUUUGAGUUCAUCCUCCUGGGGCUCCCCAUCCGACCAGAAGAGCAAGGCAUGUACUAUGCCAUGUUUCUGGCUACAUACCUGACCACAGUGCUGGGGAACCUGCUCAUCAUUCUGCUCAUCAGACUGGAUUCUCACCUCCACACUCCCAUGUACUUCUUCCUCAGUCACUUGGCCUUCACGGACAUCUCUUUCUCAUCAGUCACAGCUCCAAAGAUGCUGAUGAAUAUGUUGAUACACAGUCAAUCUAUCUCAUAUGCUGGGUGCAUUUCCCAGGCAUAUUUUUUCUUAUUUUUCGCAGAUCUUGACAGCUUUCUUCUGACCUCCAUGGCCUAUGACAGAUAUGUGGCCAUCUGCCAUCCCCUCCACUAUACCAGAAUCAUGAGUCAGAGUGUCUGUAUCUUACUAGUUAUUGCAUCCUGGUUUUUAUCUUUUGCUGGUGCUCUUGUGCACACUCUUCUUCUAGCUCGUCUCUCUUUCUUUAGAGGUAACACUCUCCACCAUUUCUUCUGUGACCUGUCUACCUUAAUUAAGCUGUCUAGCUCAGAUACAUCCAUCAAUGAGCUGGUCAUCCUUGUUGUAGGAUCACUUGUCAUUACUGUGCCAUUCAUAUGCAUCCUGGUUUCAUAUGGACGCAUUGGAGCCACUAUCCUGAGAACUCCCUCCAUCAAGGGAAUCUGCAAAGCCUUGUCCACAUGUGGCUCUCACCUCUCUGUGGUUUCUCUCUAUUACGGAGCAAUUAUUGGGCUAUAUUUUGUCCCCUCAUCAAAUGACACUAAUGACAAGGAUGUCAUUGUAGCUGUGAUGUACACUAUGGUCACACCCAUGCUGAAUCCCUUUAUUUACAGUCUGAGGAAUCGGGAUAUGAAAGGAGCUUUGAGAAAUACAUUUUCAAGAGCGACUUUUUCCAUGUAAUUAGCUUUUUCUGCUGUACAAGUGAAGUUGCAAUCUCCCCACUAUCUAAAGGGUCCUCUCCUAUGAGAAGUGCUGUUUCUUAGUGAUUUGGGAUAUUUUCUGGCACACUUUACAGCACAUAUAGCUUUUAAUCACCCCUUUUAUGUAUUUCAUUUUCUUUCUUCCCUUUUCUUGGUCUGGUUUAUCCUGAUAGUCUUGCACAAGUUUUCGUCAAAAUCUUAACUACACAUUUUUCUUUUUAUAUAGAAUCCUUUACCUAAAAUUGCAAUUUAAUGUACUCAUUUAUUUCCUUGUUUUAUUUUUAAUCAUUUUUAAUCAUUUUAAUCAUUUUUAGCAAAGAUUGUUUUCUCCUAAUAUCUCCUAAUAUUUCUCCUUUCUGCUAAUAUUUCUUAAGGUUGGUUAAUUCAUGACAUCAUGUGUGUUUAUAAUUUAGCUAGAGUUUUCAAAAAUAAUUUUAUUUCAAACUGUAGAUAUCUUUUCAUGUUAUUUCCACCUAUUUAUUUUUAUUUCAAUUUACAUCAAAAAGUGUAUAAGUACUACAUACCUUGUAUUAUUUCUUUAUAUUCAUAGAGUUCAUAUUUUCAAAUCAUUUAGGUUAUGCUUAAUUUCUCAUUUUCAUAUGGAAAAUAGGAAUUUUUCUUGUCAUCUGGAAAAAACACAGUAUUUUUGUCUCAUUUUCCAGAAUCACUAUCCUACCAUGUAAUCAGAAGUAAUUUUUCAAUUUAACCAUUCUCUACCCUUUGAACAACCUCCCUCUGACUCUUGUCCCUAUAUGUGCACUUUCUGUUUUAUCCCCAACAGAUUUUAUCUGCAUUACUGUAAACGAAGCUAGUAUAUAACUCUUUUCCCUCUAAGUUUCUGAGUGUGUUCUCAUAUUGAAAUUGGUUUUCUGUAAAAGGCCACAACAGACAAAUCAGCAUCAAAUUCAUGAAGAAAACACAUAUUGGAGAUCUCUAGGUCCUGGGAAGUUGAAGCUCUGUAGUGAGAGAUAUUCCAAAGGAAUUCCAGAGAAUGUUGUGAUUGUGCAUACUCUGUGCCUCAUGAAGUUUAGCAUCUUCAGAUGUGAGUUGAGGAGUGGCUGGCAGGACAUUAGAAUGUCUAGGCAAUCUGAAUUGAUUCUAAUAUUCUGAGAUGUACAGCAACCCAACUGUCAUGCAUGAAUUUUAAAAUUAAAAACAAUUCUCUGCUCUUCAUACAAGUGUAUUGCUUCCUAUGUUCAAUAAAAAUAAUGCAUCUU